AUGAAACUUUCUACGGUGGUGAUCGGCCUUCUGGUCACCUUCGUCAGCGCCUCUCCCGCCGACACCGCACUUCUCACCCGAGCCAUUGGAUCUGAGUGUAAAGCUCCAGAGGGUGAAGGAUCAUGCCAGAAGACAAGCGACUGCAAGGGCAUUUCCUAUUCCCAGCCUCUCUGCCCAAGCGACCCAGCCGACGUCCAAUGCUGCGUUGAACACAAGUGCAGCACCGGUGCAGGCCAUGGGUUCUGCCGCAGCCUCUCCAACGGCUGUCCCGGCGGCCGUUUCGAUAAGGGAUCCGGACCUGAAUGGCCAUGCCCAGGCGGCAAUGACAUACAGUGCUGCAUCAAAAGGGAAGACGACAACGACCCCCCAGGCGACGGCGACGGCUCUAUCGGCCAACAGGUCCUUGACAAAGCCCUGACCGCUGCUGGCAUGCCAUAUGCCUGGGGAGGAGGAAGCUGUGACGGCCCAACCGGCGACAUGCCCCCUUGGGACAACGGCGAGAUCGGGUUCGAUUGUUCCGGCCUGGUAAGCUGGGCGGUCUGCCAGGUUACGGGACGAGAUCUGUUUAAGGAAGGCCUGCGCGUUACCAGGACGAUGUACUGUGCUUCAGAGGAGAAGCUGCGCUAUAAGAAAUACCCCUAUGCCGAGCGCCAGGCGGGAGACGCUGUUUUCUUCGGCGGAAAAUGCAGUUGCGCUCAAUCGGAUACGAUUCACCAUGUUGGUUUGAUGAUGGACUCUGGAGAUCGUAUGUGGAAUGCGCCUAACGACAAGAUCAACCGCGUCCAGGAGAACAGCAUCUCGCGCUGGGGAGAGAAGCCUUGCCCGUUCGUCAUUCGCUUUGAGUAG